AUGGCACUGGUAUGCGCACAGAUAGCACUGACGGUAUGCUCUUUCCCUUUAUUCCCUAACUCUCUGUUGGGUUGGAAUAAAAAGACAUCCAAAGAGUUGGUAAUUAUAGACACGGAUAGCGGUGUCGACGACGCGUUGGCCAUAAUGUUGGCCACGUAUUGCCACAAACACAAUAUGAUUGACAUAAUGGCCAUCACUUGUCAAUUCGGUAAUACAUAUGUUGAGGAUGUGGUCAGAAAUGUUGGACUCACUCUUAGAGCCAGCGAUACAAAAGGAAUCAAAAUAUACAGUGGUGCGGACGAACCACUCGUUGGGAACUUUGUUUUAGACGAUUACUAUGGAAGGGAUGGUUUGGGAAACGCCACUCAAUACAUGCCUCCCAUUGAUGUACGCGUAGAGCGGGAACACGCGGUCAACGCAUUGGUACGACUGGCCAGAGAGCACCCAAAACAAAUCACCUUGAUCGCUUUGGGACCACUCACUAAUAUAGCGCUCGCAUAUAUGUUGGAUAACAACUUCUUUGACAAUUUGAAGCAAAUUGUUUUUAUGGGCGGAACCCUUGACUUCGACGGCAAUUCAGAUCCCGUGAAAAGUUUUAACAUAAACUCAGACGUUGAGGCCAUCAGUAAAAUGCUGUCCAAAGCCAGUUGUCCCGUCACUAUAAUCCCAAAUGAGUGUUGCAAAAGUCACGUUCUUACCUGGGAUAUUUACGAUCAAAUCCUGAAAUUGAAUUCAAAUAAAUCAAAGUUUUUGAAACAGAUAACGGAUUUGGAGGUCAAUCGAAAUAAAGAAAAGCCGGGAUCUAAAGGCAUAACAAUGUUUGAUAUGUUGGCAGUAAUGGCGCCCAUAUAUGAAGACUAUAUUGAAUCCAAAGUUGAAUACAAGACAAGCGUUGAAUUGAAAGGCGAGUUAACUCGAGGGGAACUCGUGUUUGACAAGAGAUCGCAAUCCGUAAUGAAAAUGCUAUUAUAUACGGCGCUUGUAUGCGCACAGAUAGCGCUGAGUAUAUGCUGUUUCCCUAUAUUCCCGAACUCUCUGUUGAGUUGGAAUAGAAAGACAUCUAAAGAGUUGGUAAUCAUAGACACGGAUAGCGGUGUCGACGACGCGAUGGCCAUAAUGUUGGCCACGUAUUGCCAAAAACACAAUAUGAUUGACAUAAUGGCCAUCACCUGUCAAUUCGGUAAUACAUAUGUUGAGGAUGUGGUCAGAAAUGUUGGACUCACUCUUAGGGCCACCGAUUCAUCUGGAAUUAAGAUAUACAGGGGUGCGGAAACACCAUUUGUUGGCAACUUUGUGCUAGAUGAUUAUUACGGAAGGGAUGGUUUGGGAAACGCUACCCAAUACUUGGCUCCCAUUGAUGUACGCGUAGAGCGGGAACACGCGGCCAACGCAUUGGUACGACUGGCCAGAGAGCACCCAAAACAAAUCACCAUGAUUGCUUUGGGACCACUCACUAACAUCGCUCUCGCAUAUAUGUUGGACAACAACUUCUUUGACAAUUUGAAGCAAAUCGUGUUUUUGGGCGGAAGUCUUGGAGUCGGCGGUAAUUUCUAUCCGGGAAAGGAUUUCAAUAUCGAUCAGGACGUGGAGGCUGUGAGUAGAGUGCUGUCCACCGCCAGCUGUCCCAUCACUAUCGUACCCAUUGACACCUGCGAUAAACAUGUGCUGACCUGGGACAUGUAUAACGAAAUACUGAAAUUGAAUACAAAGAAAUCAAAUUUUAUGAAACAGAUAACAGAUAUGGAAGUUAAUCGCCAGAAAGACCGCUCUAAAGGUAUGACAAUGUAUGACAUGCUUGUAGUGAUGGCACCGAUAUUUGAAGACUAUAUCGAGUCUAAAGUGGAGUACAAGACAAACAUUGAAUUGAAUGGUCGGUUCACUCGCGGGGAUCUGGUCUUUGAUAAGUUGUCGACACCUAAUGACCCGAAGACUAACUGGAAAUCAGUUAAUUUU